GAAAUCAGCUGAUUGUAUGAAUCAUCUGGUAAUUUGUGUGUUCCCUCACCAUUUGUGGCAGUUCUCGAGACAUUUCAGUUUGUUCAGACGUACACAUACAUUUAAAAUUUCGUAAAAAUGUCGCAAAGUGCUCUAAAAAAGGAACCCAUUGAUCCAUUGGAAAGACUGAAGUUGAUAUCAAAUUUCAGCAGUUCAAUUGAAGUAGAUCCACAUAUUCCGCCAACAAGAUACUACCGAUCUGGUGUUGAAAUGGUACGAAUGGCAAAUGUCUACCAUCAAGAAGGCAAUUUGGAGAAUGCAUAUAUGCUAUACAUGAAGUACAUGACACUCUUCAUUGAAAAGAUUAGAAAACAUCCAGAUUUUAACACAGUGCCACCAAACAUGAGGAGUGCCAACCAGCAGACAUUGAGGUCUAUUAUACCAAAGGCUGAGAAUUUAAAACAACUUCUGUUAGAACAGUAUCAGCAGGAACUUCAACAGUACAAAAGUAUCAAAGCAAAAGAAGAAGCCGAAGCUAAAAGAUUGAAAGAAAUCGCCGAGCACAAAGCGCGAAUGACAGAAGAAGCGCGAAGAACGUCGCAGGGUUCGAAUUGGGGCACUUCAGUCAUCUUACCGCCUCGCAACAUCGACAGCAUUACUUAUCCCGAGUCAGCAUUUGUAUCCACUGAUCCCGUAGCACCUUCAAUUGGUGAUCUACUGCCUUCCGCGCCAACACUUCCCUCAUCUAGUGGCGCAUCAAAGUCAAACAUAAGCGUCGCACCUUUAAUAGACCGCGGAAGCAAACCGUCAAGUCCGCCAUCGACUUCAUCGCCUGGUUUACGAACUGUGGUGAUACCCUCGUGCCUUUCAGCGAAAUUUCUUAUGCUCGCUGGUCACAACACGCUGAAUAAUAUUGAAACCUGUGGAAUUCUCGCCGGUAUUUUAGAGCAUAAUCAAUUGAUUAUUACGCAUAUGAUUGUACCUAAACAAAUAGGUUCCUCUGAUUCGUGUACGACGACGAACGAGGAGGAAAUUUUUGAUUUACAGGACCAGUUUGGUUUGAUUACGAUUGGGUGGAUUCAUACACAUCCAACGCAAACUGCGUUUUUGUCUAGUGUGGACUUGCACACACACUGUCCAUACCAAUUAUUGAUGCCUGAAGCGAUUGCUAUUGUCUGUGCACCGAAGUAUAACGAUAAUGGAAUAUUUAUCCUGACACCAUCUUAUGGUUUGGACUUUAUUGCCAACUGUAGAUCGACUGGUUUCCAUCCACAUCCGACUGAUCCGCCAUUAUUUAUGCCUGCCGUUCAUAUAAAAUACGAUCCAGGCGCCGGAAUCGACGUGGUUGAUUUACGUGGAAACAAAUCGAUUGUUUGUUAACAAUUUCAAGAGUUAAACCAAAUUCCUAGCGUAAGCCCCGCGUAUAAUUAAUCUAAUUUAGUUCGCCGUUAACAACAAAUGUCUUUGUUAUGGUUAUAUAAAGAAAAUACCAAAUUGCACGAUGAGAUAAUUAAUUAACAAUUCAAUUAAGUAUUAUGGGUACACUUUAUCAUUCUAGAGUUUUGUUUGGUAAAAUGUGAUUUAAAUCGAAAUUUAAUUUCAACGAGAUUAGUUCGGAAUAUUUAAUAAUACUAGUGAUAAUCAUUUCUGCCAGCGCAGAGAUUCAGAGCUUUUAUUCACGUUGGACAAUGGUAAUUGUAUAAUAUUAAUGGCAUUAAUGCUUAUAAGCUGACUUCGAACAUACAAUGUUAUAUACGAAGCUAUACGAACGAAUAAAAAGCUUUUCUACUUGCUGUUCAA